AUGCAGCAGUCAACAACCACUAAGCAGCAUACGUGUUUCCAGCAGGUUUCACAUGACAGUUACUGUGUUUUUGCCUUACUAGCCCCUUGCCCCUCAGUGUACCUGCAUGGUGUACCCCACAGUGUACCAGGGUACUUGCUUGGUGGACCCCACAGUGAACCAGGGUACUUGCUUGGUGGACCCCACAGUGUACCAGGGUACUUGCUUGGUGGACCCCACAGUGUACCAGGGUACUUGCUUGGUGGACCCCACAGUGUACCAGGGUACCUGCUUGGUGGACCCCACAGUGAACCAGGGUACUUGCUUGGUGGACCCCACAGUGAACCAGGGUACCUGCUUGGUGGACCCCACAGUGAACCAGGGUACUUGCUUGGUGGACCCCACAGUGAACCAGGGUACUUGCUUGGUGGACCCCACAGUGAACCAGGGUACUUGCUUGGUGGACCCCACAGUGUACCAGGGUACUUACUUGGUGAACCCCACAGUGAACCAGGGUACCUGCUUGGUGGACCCCACAGUGUACCAGGGUACUUACUUGGUGGACCCCACAGUGUACCAGGGUACUUACUUGGUGGACCCAACAGUGUACCAGGGUACUUGCUUGGUGGACCCUCCUAG